AAUUGCAAAUUGCAAAUUUCAAUCCGUCACUUUGUAGCUUUGUAAGUUUGUAGUGGCUGCGGCUAGAGAGAGAAGAAAGGCGUAGAGUUGACGAGUAGACAGUAGAGAAAGAAGAAGAAGAAGCAGUUUGAUGGAGAAGAAGAAGAAGAAGGAAUGCAAGAUACCUCGAGAGAAAGUGAAGCGCACGAUGGAUACAAAAAACAGCUUUAAACACGGCCCGAAUUUCUUCGAUGGAGAAAAUGUUGGAAGAGACAGUCCGGGCGCUUUGCUUGAUAUGUUGGCGGAAGUAGCGUCACAGACUCUUCAUUCGGAAAAAGAGCAGAGUGAAAAGGCGGUAGUUUUGGGGGAGAAAAGCAGGGCCAAAUCUGACUCCUUGAAACGUAAAAAUCAAGAUUUGACUUUCAAUGUUCUCGAGCUGAGUUCCAUGCCAACGAAACAAUUGGUCAAGCAGUUUUCGAUAUUCACGAGCGACGAAUUGAAACGGCAGUAUUCAUACGUUUGUGCAUUACUACCUGAUGAAUGCGACCAGAAAUACACAAGCUUUGCCAGCGAAGGCAGAGCCAGAAUGUCUAUAAAAGCUCAUCUCGAAGAUCAUUUGGAGAAUUUGAAAUCCGAUCAGGAAGCAUAUUCUUCGUUCACAGCGACUGCAGUGAUACAGAAAAAGUCUAAAACAAACAUGCCGGCCAAGAAAAGCAAAAUAAACCGGUCAAAAAAGCCACAAGAGACUUUGAACAAAGAAAACAAAGAGAUAAAAUCAGAGAAGGCGACAAAUUAUCUGCGAAAUAUUCUCACCAACGAAUUUAAAUUCUCCGAAACCGAGAAUUCUAAGGAAAAAGAUUCAAAAAAGGAUCAGGAGCUGGCCGACGUCAAAGUUUUGGGUGAUCACAGCUAUUUUGAGGCCACAAAAGACAGCGAGGCUGCUGAGAAUCUCGCUUUAAACAUUAGCAGCGAAAUUGUCACCAAAUCCGAGGAAAAUAUCAUGUUGAUGGUGGUGCAGAGCGACGGUGUUCACAUGAAAGAGGUUCCUUACGUCGUCCAAAAAGCAGAAGACGCAAACGAAGAGCCAAUUUACCUUCCAGAUCCGAUUCAGACGGAGGAAGUUUACGCUGGGAAUAUGGAAGUUCCGGUAGCUGCGAAGCCGAAGGGAAAGGCGAAAUUUAUCGGAACGAGCACCGAGGAGAAGGAAAUGGCGCUCCUUUUGAUGGAGCGAAUCAAGAAAAAGGGAAAUCCGAGCGGGAAUAAUCUCCAGUGUCGAAUUUGCGAUCCGCCGAGGACUUUCACGGCCCCGACGACCCUCGUUUCCCAUUACAGAAGCCACGCCGGCAUCAAGCCCUACGAGUGCAGGACUUGCGGAUCGGUCUUUACGAGGAGGCACAGCCUCAAGUAUCACAUGCUCAUUCACCAGAAUCAGACCAGGUUCACCUGUGCGGAUUGCGGCAAGAAAUUCAGACAUCCCUCGCAUUUCCGGGAACACAGGCGAAGACACACCGGGGAAGCGCCUUUCGGUUGCGAAGAUUGCGGUCAAAGAUUUAAAACUCGAAACACGUACAAACGGCACUUGAAGACGCGCCACGGAAAAGUUCUGACCACCUCGGGUGAGUUGCUCCACCUCUCGGAAGAAGAUUUCCAAAAGGUGCGCACGAGCCGCAAGAGAGUGGCGACUCCCAUAACGGAGAGGAGUAUAACUGACGAGGACAUGAUUGCGCCCGAGGCAAUUUUGCAGUACGAGGACUCGAACUGUGACAUUGAGGAGAGUGAUAAUCAUCAGGAUUACAAGGAUUACAAGGAUUACAAUGAGUUCGUGGACGAGGACAGAACUGUCUGGAUGACGGAGAACAUGCUGGAGGAGAUCAAGGGGGAAGAGGACUACGGUAAUUACGAGGUUGAGGAGGAUCACGAACGAGCUGACAAGACUGAUUUUAUUGAGACUGAGGUAGCCGAGAACCAGGAGUUGAUUCACUCCAGGCAUUUGUACGACGGAAUUGCUCAAGAGGUUUGCAAUAAAAUCGAGGAGGAGGAGGAGGAGCGGGAGGAGGAGGAGGAGGAGGAGGAGGAAGCUGAUCGGGAGGAGGAGGAAGAAUCGGCAAUCAUUUUGGACGGAACUGUCAGUGUGGAUCUGGAAAUUGCGAGGACAGAGACGCCGAUUUUGUAUGAGAAAAAUUUCCAUCAUAGUGAGGAACUCUAUAGUGUCGAUGAGUAUGAAAGGGAAAUCCAAAGUGUUGGGGAAGAAAUUUUAGGGUAUCAGGAAAGCGAUGAAUUGUCGGAGGAACAUAUUUUGGAACAUGAUGGCCAACAAGAUGAGGUACAAGAUGAAUCCGAAAGGCCGAAUUUCCAUCAAGACUCGGCCCUCAGUAUUUUUUGUAGCAACGAGGAGGAAAAUUUGUUGGACAGUGAAAGUCCCUUUGACAAUGAGGCUCUGAAAAUGGAAGGAUUUUCUAUUCAGGGACUGGAAAAUUUCAGUCCAAAUGAAGAAGAAGAAGAAGAAGAAGAUGAAGCAGAAGUUGAAGGUGAAGAUGCAAAAGAAGUUGAGGAAGAAGCAGAGGGUAUUUUUCCAGACAGGUCAGCCAUGGAUUAUGAAGAUGCAAAAGAUUCGGGGGAAAUAAACGAGGAGGGAGAGAGAAAGCCGGAAAUAAAAGAAGACGCAGAUGAGAAGAAUCAUAAUAUUUUGCAGAGCGAAUCUGUCUUCAAUUUGAAUUUGGACCAGAGGGAAAAAGUCCGAGUCGAGUCGUGUGGAGUGCCAAUUUCCCAGUUUCAGAAUCAGCCGAAUUUUCAGAUAAGCAAGGAUGGGAAGAUCAGUUUGUUUGGAAAGGAAGCCCAGACGAUAAAUCUCGUCCAGAAUGGCAAGCAGAGUGCCAUUCUUCUCUUGACCAAUGGCGGCGGCGAGUUGAACAGAAAUUUCUUCAAGUUUAAUCAAAAUAAGAUUCUUGUCAAGGGACUGAAAACACUGCCGGUCGCCACUGCCUCUGAUUUAGAUAGAACAGAGAGUUAGGUAAGACUUAGUCCAAAAUUGUUUCGAUAAAAUCAUCGACCAGCUUUUUUACAAUUUCCUAUGAUAGGGCAGGUUAUAAUAUUUUAAAAUAAUAUGAUGAUGAAAUGCCAUCUGCAUUUAGAGGAUGCAUUUUGGGCUUUCGGGAAGCAGAUCCACAUCUGCAUUCUCAAAUUCGUAUUCUUUACUUCCUUCCGACUGAAAUCGUAGCAACUUUUCCGCUGUUUUUUUUUCUCUGGUUUCUUUCCACGAAAUUACGGAUCCGUAUCAGAGAUUGAAAAUUUUAUAUUUGUUGUAAAUUUGCGUUGUAAAUUAUUCUAGGCUGUAUAAUAUUUAAAAAUACAUAGGCUCUUUUUUGUCGAAAGUCGCUCAAAGUUGUCUUCCACUCGACAGAUAUUGCAAUUACAUAUAAUUAUGUAUCUCUCUCUUUUAGGUUCUCUGUAAGCUAUGAAAAACAAGAAAACAAAAAAAAAUAAUGGGUGAUCGAUGGGAAAAAUUGUAACGUUACAUUUUUUUUAUUCAUAAAGAGGCUUUCUUUAAGAUAGGAGAUAAAGUUUGUAGAUUAGAAAGUUUAACUUGGCGCACCCUACGCGGGGCGCCAUUUAGUGACGCUGAAAAUUUAUCAACAGAUUUUUUUUUUGCGCAUUCAGGUUUGACACCGCAUAUUGAAAAUUCUAAUCUCUACAAAGAUUAUUUUAUAUAAUUUAAUUUAAAAUAAUUGUAGACAUUUUUGAUUAGCGCCUCCAUCGUUGAGCGCCAGUUUGUAAUUGUGGAAAUUUAUCAACCGAUGUUUUUGGCCACAUUCAAAUUCGGCACCACAUCUUGAAAUUUCUAAUCACCUCUAUACGAUUUCUGUAGAGUAGAAGUUUCAAAUUAGCGCCCCCAGUGCGGGGCGCUUUUUUGUAAGGCUAACAAUUUAUCAACCAAUAUUUGUGGCCUGAUUUAACUCCGGAACUUAUUUUUUUAAUUUCUACAUAAAGUUAGAAAUUUCAAAUUGGACCCCAAUGCGGGGCAACAUUUUUUAAUUUUGGAAAUUUAACAAACGAUAUUUUUGGCCGCAUUCAAAUUCGGCACCACAAUUUGAAAUUUCUAAUCUCUGUAAGAUAAUUUCUGUGGAUCAGAAAUUUCAAAGUACCGCGCCCAGCGCGGGGCGCCAUUAUGUGUUACUGAAAAUUUAUCAAUCGGUAUUUUUACUCCUUUUUAAAUUUGUAAUCUCUAAAAGGUAAAUUUGUGUAAAUAAAUUUAGAAAUUUCGAAUUAGUGCACAUCGUGGACGCGCCAUUUUCCAAUUUUGGGAAUUUAUGCAACGAUACUUUGUAAUUUUGGAAAUUUAUGAAACUAUAUUUUUUGCCGCAUUUAACUUUGGCAACAUUUGAAAUUUCUAAUCUCUAGAAGACAAUUUUAUAUAAUUAAAUUUAACAGAAUUUAAAAAAAAAUUGGCGCCCCCGGUGUUGGACGCAGUUUUGUAAUUCAGGAAAUUUAUCACCUGAUAUAUUUGUCCGCAUUUAACUUCAGCACCACAUUUUACAAUUUCUAAUCUCUACAAAAUAAUUUUUGUUAAUUAGAAAUGUCAAAUUGGUGCCCCAUUAGGGGCGCCAAUUUGGGAAACUGGAAAUUUGUGGAAAUUUAUCAACCGAUAUUCUUAGCCACCUUGAACUUCUGCUCUACAUUCUUAAGUUUCUAAUCUCUACAAUGUAAUUUCUACAGAUUAGAAAUUUAAUAUUGGUGCCCCCAGCGAGGGGCCCCAUUUUUUAAUGCUGGAAAUUUGUCAACCGAUAUUUUCAGCCGCAUAUAACACUGGCACUACAUUUUGAAAUUUCUAAUUUCUUCAAGUUCGGCACCAUUUUUUGAAAUUUCUAAUCUCUACGAUAUAACCAUUUUGGGCGCCAUUUUGUAAUUUAGGAAAUUUAUCACUCGAUAUAUUUGUCCGCAUUUAACUUCAGCACUGCAUUAACAAAUUUCUAAUCUCUACAAGAUAACUGUUGUUAAUUAGAAAUGUCAAAUUGGCGCCCCUAACGGGGGCGCCAAUCAACCGAUAUUUUUGGCCCCAUUAAACUUCUACUCCACAUUCUUAAGUUUCUAAUCUCUACCAAAUAAUUUGAUAUAAUUUAAAAAAUAAUAAUAAUUGGCGCCCCUGUAGUGGUGCGCCGGUUAGUAACUCAGGAAAUUUAUCACUCGAUAUAUUUGUCCAAAUUCAACUUCAGCACCACAUUUUUAAAUUUUUUAUCUCUAAAAAAUAAUUUUUGUUGAUUAGAAAUGUCAAAUUGGCGCCCCGAACGGGGGACGCCACUUUGUAUUGCUGGAAAUGUAUCAACCGAUAUUUUUAGCCGCAUUGAACUUCUGCUCCAUAUUCUUAAGUUUCUAAUCUUUACAUGGUAAUUUCUAUAGAUUAGAAAUUAAACAUUGGUGCCCCAGCGCGGGGCGCCAUUUUUUAAUCCUGGAAAUUCGUCAACCGAUAUUUUCAGUCGCAUAUAAGUCCGGCACUACAUUUUGAAACUUUUAAUCCUUUCGAGAUAAUUUUCAAUAAACAAAUUUAACAUAAAUUUAAAAACUUAGAAUUGGGGGCACCAAUUUGUAAUGCUGGAAGUUCAUCUGCCGAUAUUUUUGUUCACGUUCAACUUCUGCUCCACAUUCUUAUGUUUCUAAUCUCUGCAAUGUAAUUUCUAUAGAUUAGAAAUUAAAUUUGGUGUCCCCAGCGCGAGAGGCGCCAAUGUUUAAUGCUGGAAGUUUAUCUGCCGAUAUUUUUGUUCACGUUCAACUUCGGCACCAUUUUUUGAAAUUUCUAAUCUCUACAAUAUAAUUUCUGUAGAUUGGAAAUUUCAAACUGGUGCCCCCAGCGCGGGGCGCCAUUUUGUAAUGCUGGAAAUUUUUCAACCGAUAUUUUGAGCCGCAUUCAACUUUGGCAACACAUUUUGAAAUUUUUAAUCUCCUCAAGAUAAUUUUAUACAAUUCAAUUAAAAAUAAAUUUAAAAACUUGAAAUUGGGAGCACCAAUUUUAAUGCUGGAGGGUUAUCUGCCGAUAUUUUUUUUCACGUUGAACUUCGGCACCAAUUUCUGAAAUUUCUAAUCUCUACAAUAUAAUUUAUGUAGGUUAGAAAUUUCAAAUUGGCGCCGUUUCCAAGUAUGGGAAUUUAUGAACCAAUAUUUUUGGCCGCAUUCAACUUCGGCAACAUAUUUUAAAAUUUCUAGUCUCCGCAAUAUAAUUUCGGUAGAUUAGAAAUUGCAAAUUAGCGCCCCAAGCGCGGGUCGCCUUUUCCAAUUUUGGGAAUUUAUGAACCAAUAUUUUUGGCCGCAAUCAACUUCGGCAACAUAUUUUAAAAUUUCUAGUCUCCGCAAUAUAAUUUCGGUAGAUUAGAAAUUGCAAAUUAGCCCCCCAAGCGCGGGGCGCCUUUCCCAAUUUUGGGAAUUUAUGAACCAAUAUUUUUGGCCGCAUUCAACUUCGGCAACAUAUUUUAAAUUUCUAGUCUCCGUAAUAUAAUUUCGGUAGAUUAGAAAUUGCAAAUUAGCCCCCCAAGCGCGGGGCGCCUUUCCCAAUUUUGGGAAUUUAUGAACUGAUUUUUUUGGCCCGCAUUCAACUUUGGCAACACAUUUUGAAAUUUCUAAUCUCUUCAAGAUAAUUUUAUAUAAUUAAAUUAAAAAUAAUUUUAGAAACUUGAAAUUGGGGGCACCAAUUUAUAAUGCUGCAAAAUCAACUAAUAUUUUUGGUCGUGUUGAACUACGCCACCAGAUUUUGAAAUUUCUCAUCUCGACAAAAAUUAUCUCCUAUUUAUGAGUCAAAGAAAAUUGUAACGUUGCAAAAUUUAUUUUGCAUAAGAAAUUUUUUACCUAACUAAGUUUCGCCAUUAUUUCGUUUCUCAAAGAGUGUCCAUGACUAUAUGAACCAACAUUCACUAAACUAAUUAAUUUACAUUAAAUUAAGAAUCGGAAAAUAGUUUUUAAAUUGAAAAAGUUUUCUGAUAUGGAAAUUAUCAGCCAAAUUGGGACAAACUAAAUUAAUUUAAAUUCUCUGGAUUUAUAAUUGUUUUCCUUGUUCCCACUCUUCUUUCAUCUCCUCGCGACUGAUGUUACGUACAAAUUUUAAGUAGCUAGCAAAAAAAAAGAAGAAGAAAGCGCGGAAGUUUUAUUUUUGAUUGAGCUCUCCGUCGAUUCCUUGAGAUAGCUUUCAUUAUUUACAUAAUGCUUUAAUACUAUUGCUUUGUAUUUUUCAUUUUAAUCGAAGCAACCAACUUUCUGUAAAUAGCCUUCACGAUCUACGAGGAUAAUCUCGAAACCUCUAACCGAUUAACAAAUAUUAUCGAUCUUUCCACUUUUGAUAAGUCCACAAACUGUGCCUUAAUUUAACAUAAACUUUCGGCUUUGCAAAAGAUUAUUUAGACAAUUAAAGGAACUUGCAGAUUAAUUCUUGUAUCAAUUUAGAGGUGUAAGAGUUAAUUACGUUACUCAUUUAGUAAUGAAUAUUAUAUUAUUAUUAUUAUUUUGCGCAGAAAUAUUCACCUAAGUAGAGAAAAUACUCGUAACAAAAACUUGUAGCUUAGUGUCUAUAAUAAAAAUUAUUAUAACUUUCUAUAAAUAAUUUACUUUAUCGUGAAAAAUGAUAUAUGUAGUCACGAUGCAGAAAAAUUGUAUUUUUAUACAAAUUUUGUACUUAUAUGUAUGUUUAAUAAACGCAACAGAAAUUUA